AUGAACAGCAAACGAAUUUGGUUUGCCCUAUUGCUUUGUACAGUGGUUGUCCUGCAGUUGGCAGCUGCUAAUGAUCGCAAUUGGGCUCGACGCCAAUAUAGACUCUAUGAAAGACCGAUACAACCUAUAGGGCGGCAGGGUUAUGGAUGGGACGACGAACGUUACAACCGUUUGUUUUUUAAUAAAAUGAACAAGUUCACAACAACAACUACUACCACUGCCGCGCCGACAACAUCGCCUCCACCACCACCGCCUCCACCCCCUCCACCACCACCACCUCCUUCCAUUCAACCACCAUCGCCGCCUACAUCACCACCUCCUCCUCCGCCGCCUCCUCCUCCACCACCUCCACCUCCACCGCCGCCACCAACAACUCCUCCACCGCCGCCACCUCCACCGAUUACCGCUAGGUUACAAGGAAUAGAUUAUACUGAAUUAGGUGGCGAAAAUGAUCAUCACCUGCAAUAUGAUUUGGGAUUUAGAUCACAGUAUUACGAUGACUUUGACGAAGAUAAUUAUUUUGAUGUGGGCCAAGGACGCAAUAGCAACUAUCUGAAUGGAGACUGCGAUGACUUCCCACCCAUCAGAAAUGUCAAUUCCUUCAGCAAUUGGCGCUUACAACGCAGACGUCGUGCCCAAGAGAUGCGUCAUCGUCAAAGGGAGUACAAUCGCAAACGACGAAUCGCCCAAAAGGAAUUAGCUGCGAAACGUCGUGCAGUAAGACGAGAGCGUCUACAACGCCAACAGACCAUGGCACAUAAACGCCGACAAGAAGAGAGGAGAAGACGAUUAGAGCAAAGGAAACGACGCAUUCGACCUGCGAGUAACAUAGGUCGAAACAAUGUCGGCCUUGGCAUAACCAACGUCCAUAGCCAUUCCAGAUAUCCUUAUGAGAUGGGAAGAAGCAUGCAAACUAUUCCAAAACGUCAACGUUUAAGGCAAAUACGUCGACCUCACAAUGGAGGAAACCUAUAA